AAGCAAUGGCAGAGGUGUGUUUGGUGGCAGACGAGCGUUGAAUGGAAAACAAAUCUUUAUGUAGCAGUUUUGGCGUCUAGGAGGACUAACAGAUUAUGAUGACCAGUGUGAAAUUUUCACAACCAGGUGGUGAUGGCAGAUGUGAUUCAGUUUAGCAAAGAGGUCUUUUUACUACAAGAAAAUGAUUGCAUCAGAUCAGCUGUCAGGCAGAGUGCAAAAGACCUCGGCAGGGUACUCAUAUAGACGUGUGCCAGUGGCCAGAUCUCCCACCAGAAGGCUGGAUGCUCUGAAGGAAAAACAUCAGAUGUUACUGGAGUCCAUGAGAAAGCAAUUUAAUAUGGAAGUGAAUGUGGAUAGAAGAGACACAGAGCAUCUUGGAGAGGAAUCAAUGAAAAUUGCCAAGAAGCAGGUAACGUCUGCCAGAAGUUGCAAACCCUUAUCCCCUGGACAAAAAAGUGAAGCCCAAGAUGCCAACAUGACUAAGAGAGAAAGCAAAAGCAGCAGUGAAAUCCAGUUAGACUGUUAUGUCAAGCUCAUCCCACUGAGAAGUAGUCCACGAAGAAAUACAAAAAGUACAAAGAAAGAGGAACAAGUAUUGGCAACAGAGACUGUCCACCUAGAUGUACCAAACCCCUCUCCACAGAACAAGAAAAUGGCAGAUGUAGACCAGUUUUCAAACAGAUUACCAAAUGCCUCUGCAGGGAAUCCACAUAGACGAGUGUUAGUUCCCAGGUCUGCCACCAGAAAGCCAGGUGCUCAGAAAGACAAACAGUUGUUGUCAGAAUCAAAGUCCGUUGAUAGCAGAGAGACGUCCAAAGAGGGUCUUAGGGAGAAAGCAGUGAAAAUUGAACAAAAGCCAAUAACUUCAUCCAGAACUUGCAAAUCCAUUGCUAGUGGACUGAGAACUGAAGCCCAAGAAAUCAACAAAACAAGAAGAAAUGUAAAAGAUGCUGGAAAGAAGGAACAAGCUGUGCCAACAAAUACAGUGAAGCAGGAUGUACCACAUGCCCCUGCACAGUGCAAGAAAGUGGCUGUUGCAGAGCUUCCAAAGGUUCAAAACACAUCAAGAGGACAGACAUAUCGUCAGUGGCCUAAAACUGUAAAUUCUCUUACAACAACACAUGUGAAAGAAAAGCGUAACGUUCUCAAAUCUAUGAGGGAGCAGUUUAACAUGAAACAACCAAAGAAUGCUCAGGAAGAAGAGCCUGAUCAGCUCAGCAAUUGCAAUGGAAAAAUAUUUAAGAUUCUAGAGUCCAUGAGAGAACAAUUCAAUGGGGAAACGCCUAUGAAUAAGGACGUAGCAAGAAAAGAGACAGACGGAAUUACUACUAGUGAAGGGGACUUGCCCAGGGAUAGCAGCUCUCAUUCGGGUCAGAAAGUCCUUCCAACGUCUAAGCGAGAAAGCCAUGCCAUAACGAGCAUUAGCCCCAACAUUUCCGUUAAGAUAAGCAACAAGAGGAAUAUUAUCGGUGAAAGAAAAGGGGGGCCUGAGUGUCCAGCAAUGGCAAGAAAGACAUCACAGACAGAGAGAAGAAAGAGGCAUUGUAAGGAAACAACAAUCAUAUAGGCAGGCAUAUGUCUAUGAAUUUUAUUUGCAGAUUUUCUUUUCUUGUAGUCAUUGUUUUGAGUUACAAGUGGAAACUUCUGGGUUUAUCAUGAUUCAUUAGAAAGUUUUAUGAAAUAAAUUGACCCAUUCCAAGAUGUCAAAAAGUAUUUUGUAGUCCACAUGUUUACAUAAUAACUAUGUGCAUGUGUGUCUGUAUGAGUCUAGGUAAAUACCUCUGCAUGUGCAAGAUUUCUUGUGUCACAUUCAUAACCCAAUGCUGAUAGGUAUCAGAAAUCUCUGAGCCUCAUAAACUCUGAGAUUUCUGGCAAUGUCCAGACUCUGGGCGCGGGACUCCGCUAUUUGUAGCAGUACUUCCCGCUCCAUGUGCUCUGGCGCCUCACCGCAUGUACAGCUGUAUCCCACAGACAAAGUGGUACGUUAUGACACUUGUACAUGUAACCCAUCAGUAAUUGGUUAAUGUACUUUAUUUUUCAGGAUGACCCUUUUCUGCAUAAAGCUGAGAUAAAACAAUAACAGUAGCACACACUGGGGAUUCCAUGUGAAGAUUGUUGCUGGACAUAUUUAUUUUGUAGCAUUGAAGUCUUGGUCCAAAAUGUUUAUUAAGUAUUUUUAUUUUUAGAAAUCUCCUCUUGCCAGAAGAAGAUGAUAUAGUCUGGUAUUUAUGGGUUAGUUGCUGGUUUGUUAGCUGGAUUAAAAAUUCAAAGUUACCAAUAUAUUGUGAAGGAAAUUUAUGGGUGAGUUGUCCAUUGCCCAAGGGACAGUCAAUUACAUUUUGAUGAUGACCUACAUCUGCAGAUAACUGUAGGGUGAAAUCAAAAGAUUAAUGGACAGUAUAAUACAUUAUAGAAAAUGAACCUGCCAAGAAUUUUUUCUUACAAAAUGUAGUAGAAUUAUGUGUUGUUUGCUAGAUAUUUUGAUAAUAGGUGAAGUUACAAUCCAAGUACUUUACAGUUUUAUACAGUAAAUUUGCUUUUUUGUCUUUCUGUGUUUUUGAUAGGACUUGAUAUAUAAAUUAUCAAACCUAUUUGUGUCAUAGGAUUUGAUGUCAUGACACAAAUUACUUUGACAAAAACUGGUAUCCAACUUGCCAAAAGUUAUAAACUAUAAAUGGAAUUUGUUAUGAAAAGUAACUGCUCUUAAUUAUAGAAAAUACAUGACAUGCAAAAAAUGUGUAAUAUCAUAAGAUUAAAAAAUUAAAAGACACUCAAGAUAAAUUCUGCCAUAUUUUCAUGUUAUGUAGACAAUGGGACAACACAAAUGUAAAGCAUAGUUUUAAAGUUCUUUAACCCAUUUCUGCCAGGAACAUGUAAUAUCCACUGUAGUUUUGUUUUGUGAAACUUUUUCAUAUGUAGAUGGUUCUCCACAGUCACCAAGAAUAGCAGCCUAGCUGAAUCCCAAGCUAAAGCAUUAUCUACUCUGACUGACUUUAUUGCCAAACCCACUCAUACACAGCCUCAUCCCUCCCUCAAUACUUGUACCAGAACUGUCUCCAUCUCCCUGGCAGAUAACCCUGUCUGUGGUAAGAAUUGGUCAGACUGGGGAGAAGAUUUACUCUCCAGCUUUUUUUACUAUGAUGCAGUAUCAGUACAAUGCUACACCAUUCCCCCUAGAGGCUGCUGUAAGUUCUCAACCAAUAUUGCCAAGAUUACUUUCCAUAGACAUGACCUCCCCAUGAUGUUUGUGUUGGCAGUGAGUCCCUCCCUUGUAGUGAAUCUCUGCUGAAGGCGAAGUUCCUGAUGUAGCUUUUAACGAUGGUAGCGUGGUCCAGUAGAAAGAUUGUUUCUUCUCAAUCAUCAGGUGGCCUUCAGUGAGAUCCAGGUGUCUUCACAAGACUCCCACCUCAGUCUUGUCCUGCCAUAUCUUAUCCUACAUCAGCCACUUCCUCUGCCCCUGAAACGUUUGUCCCCUUUUCUCCCCCUCAUAAGGAAACCUUUGUUUUUCAGACCUCCCUAACCAACUCCCCAUCAAAAACUCUCAAAGACAUUCAAAACUAUCUAAUCAUGACCCAGGAUAACAUGCCUACAAUUCAAUUUAAUUUUCUUACUGUUGCUGUUUUCCUUUCAUCUUUGUGUACACGUUACUGUGUUUGUGUUUGUGUCAUGCCUACACCUCAUCCUUCCCCCAGUCUCUCUGCUUCCAUUCCCUCUACACUCAAAGUGACUGCUGACAUCCAUCCUUCUUAAUCCAUUAACCAUUAACUUUUCCUUGAGUUUUUGUUUGAUUUUUUGAAUAACAUUAUUAUUAUUGCCAUUGUAAGUAUUAUAAAGUUAUUAACAAUACAAAUACCAAUAUUACAUAAAAAAAAAAAAAAUACAUAUAUAUAUUUCCACAAAUCAAGGAAAUGGGUAGACAGGUACAACCAGUAAUUGACUCCUUGAUUAUUUAUCCUUUUGUAGAACCAUCCAGGUAUAAACAUUAUUAAUAAAAUAAGCUCAUAGUGGGUAUAAUAUGUACAUAUAGUCAACCAAAUUGAAGAUGUCUCACUCAACAAAUCUGUCCUUCAAAAUAUAUCAUCUGGUAUCUCAAUCAUUGCAGAGUAUAAAAAUAUGGAUAUUUUCAUUUGGCCAUUUAAACACGCAAUACACAAGAUUUUUUAUGUAACCAUUGGCACUGGUUUUGACAGAAUUUAUAUCUUAAUUAAAUCAUGAUCAAUGUAACAACAAAUAAUAAUUGCUGUUGAUUGGCCUAUAUACCCAGAUCUUUUCUACUGUUUUCCUCUUUUCAUCAAAAGAACUAUAUUUUUUUUUCCUGGUAGAUAAGAUGUUAUUCCUUAAGUUGAGUGAAAAUGUCUUGCUUUAUAUUGUUUUGUGGCACAGGUUUUAGAUAAUCAAAUUAUUUACUUCUUCCUUUUUUUAUCGGUGAGUUGCCAGUUCCUGUUUAUACAUUAAAGGUGAUUGAAAGUCACAGGGAAUUGAGACAUCUUCAUCUCAGGUGACUACGUUCCAUCCCUGGUGGCAGUGGGUUAAGUAUUAUCUAAAAAAGUAACUUGAUAAAAUCCUCCCUAAAUUACAGAAAAUGACAUUAAGAAAGGCAAAAUUUAUUUUUCUUUCCUUUUGAUUCACAAGAUGUACUUUUUGUCUGUGUGAUGGUGUAAUUGUUGAUUUGUCUCGUGUGGUACACUUUUAUAGAAAACUUUAAGGUUUUAACUGCAUUUGAUAGAGACACCAUUAUCCUGAUGAUCUGGUGCUUAUCAAUUAACCAGGAUGUUGCCAAUGCUUAGAUUUGCACUUUGACAUUCCAGUAAUGUGAAUCUUGUACCUAAAUAGCAAUAUAUUUUUCUUACCCAUUCAGGCAGUAUGUACCUGUUUUACAGUAGUUAGCUGAUUGCCGUUUACUGGAUUCUUUUUUAUAGAUCCAGCCAUAUUCCGUCUACUUGUGUAAUUAUGUGAAAGUUUCAAUAUGCUGUUAAAAUGUAUUCACAAACAUAUGGGUUACGAGACAAAAAAUAUAUGUAUGUUUGUGGUAACACUUGCUCACAAAAUUAGGUUUUUAAGUAUAUAUUUUUAAGAGGGAUCAUCAAAAAGGGAUUAAUAAAAGUCAUUUCUUUGAACUUUUCUGAACCCAUUGUUUACAGGAAAUGUUUUGCUCUGGGGUGAUAGUUCUCAGAAGCUUUCUGUAUGUUUUGUCAUCAAGAAAUGUUUUUCCCAAAUGAUAACAUUUAGAAUCAUUGGAAAAUUUGGUUUCUGAAAAUCUUAGAGCAAUAGAGGUACGGGUGAAAAACUAUAAACACAUAUAUUUUUUGAGGGAGCCUGAUUUUCUGCCAAUGCUAAAGGGCAAAGAAAAAAUGACUUGUGAUAUGUAGUUGCCUUAUCUUUGGAAAUGAUUACGAGUGUCUUACACAUUCUCAAAAUUGUUGUGCAUAAAUGUUGUUAUGGUUAUGUCUGUGCAAGUAUGUACUUUUUUUGCAUCAGUUAAUGAGUUUAUGUCUAGAAAUCUUAGAUGCUUUUCUUUAUUGGGAAAUUCUUAUGUGUAAGAAGUAAAAAAUGAAUAUAUUACUUGAAAAUAUAUUUGAUUAUGUAGUAAAUACAAAUUUUGGUAUUUUUAUAUCUUUUCAAACUGUAUUUUAAAUCUCUAUCUUCUGUAAAAAAAAAUCAAACAUGCAAACUUUAUAUCAGAUGUCCUUUUUAUAUAUAGUCGUUUGUAAAUCAAUAAUAGUGUAGAAUUUGAUGCUGUAAUUUUGGAAAUUUAUACUGCUACUAUUUUGACAGAUUUAUAGAAGUAAAAAGUAGCAUUUUGUGACACUGAUUACAGUAUGUAACAUAAACAUAAGGAAAUUUAUGUGUGUGUGUAAAAGUUAAGAAUUGUUCUUAAGAAAUAUAUUUUGCACAGUGCAAGUUCAUUCUAAUAUUAAAUCUCUCUCUCUCUCUCUCUCUCUCUCUCUCUCUCUCUCUCUCUCUCUCUCUCUCUCUCUCUCUCUCUCUCUCUCUCUCUCUCUCUCUC